AUGUCGACUUUGCUAGAGACUUUAGAUCAACAAUGGGUCAAUUCCAGAUUAUACGUUGAUAAAGACGAGCGCAGGACCCAGCUUGGGAAAUGUGUUGAAGAAGUGCACGACUUUAAGAUCCAGUUGAAGAAAUUGAAAGCGCAUUUGCUGAAGCAUGGAUCAAGUCCACAGAAACGUCUUGUUAUUAGGGAGAAACUAGCGAAAUCUCAUAAGAACUGGGAUUCUUCCAUGAAGAAAUCCUUAAACUCUUCUAUCAGCACUUACCGGAAGUUUUCAAAGGCGUGCGUCAAGCCCUUGAAUGAGUUUCAAUUGGAUUCUGUUUAUGUGAACAAGAUAAACCCUCAGAAAUUGUACUAUUUGGAUACGGCGAUCUUUUCUCACAUCGCAAGGUAUUAUACUAAUAUGGCUGUAGGAACCACGUCAGAUGAAAUGCUGAAGUAUUUGCACUCUACGUAUAGGAUCCCCAGAUCUAUUGCAAUGGAUUAUAUAGAAAUGGCCAACAUUGUUAAAGAAAUGAGAUCAGGCAACUUGAAUACCUGUAUCCGAUGGUGUCAGGAUAAUAACCUGGAAGUACUUCAUUUCCAAUUACAUUACCUAAACGCGAUGUCAUUGUUGUCUGAAAAUAAACCUAUGGAGUGCUACUUGUAUAUACAGACGAACUUGGCGUCGACAGUGAGUAAAAGUUCUCAACUACGGAUGGCUAGACCUGUGUCCGCAUUGUUGGCUAAAAUUGUCAUUGGAGAUACAAUACCAGCCUCAAAAGUAGAUGCAUACUUGGAGACGUGCGUGGAGUGUUUCACGAAACAGUAUUGUCUACAGAACAAACUUCCUUUACAUUCAGCGUUAUUCCUUGUCGUGCUAAGUGGGGUUAUCGGUUUCCAAGUGUUCACUAAAUAUGAAGCCAUUAGGAAAGUAUCUCAUGUGGACUGGUCCACUGCUGAUGAAUUACCGUUUCACGUCAAGCUGCCACCCUUCUUGUCGAACUAUCACCCUAUAUUCAUAUGUCCGGUAUUGAAAGAAGAGACUACGAAGGAAAACCCACCUUAUUCUUUGCCCUGUCAUCACGUUCUUUCCAAGAAAAGUCUGGAUAAAUUAAGCAAGAACGGGACUUGUAAUUUCAAAUGUCCUUAUUGUCCAGUGAUGUCGACUAAGGUGAAAACAAAGAGAGUGAGCUUUAUGAAAUUGCCAUGA